CCUUCCUUUAAAUACUAAACUGAAACCAACUUGUGCCGCCCGAGUCCGAGUCAUAGCGGCUGAUUUUGGAGAUUUCUUUCGAAGAGAGUGGCCGAGUUCCCUUGUUGGAUCCGAACAAGCUGCAAUCUUUCUUGAGUAAGAAAAAGGAGAAAGGGAUUGGGAGUGCUGGUGAUCGGAAGGAUGCGGGCGAGCAGGCUUUCUCGUUCGUUGCGCAUCCGGCGUCUUCAUUUAAAAGGAAGAGAGACGAUACUUCCUUAGAGGUUAUUUCCGAAGGUGAUCGUGAGGUUGUAGGUGGUGGAGGAGUUGCCUUUGAUCGGCAGAAGAAGCUUCAUGGCUUCAUUGCUAGUUCUAGCUCGCACUCCCUUUGGAACGAACAGUUUAAUUUUGCGGAGCUUUCUGAUAGGGCCUCGCAGUAUCCUGGGGACAUGCUUAUGACGCGCCGAGCUGGAAUGGAAGCGCUCGGUAAAUUUGUUCAGGUGGUUGCUUCUCGCUUACUCUGCGUUGGUCGGACUGUUGGGUGCGUUGGUGCUGAUCAGCAAGAGGCUGUGAACAAGGUCUCUUCCAUGGAGAAGUCAUAUACAGCUCGGAUUGCUGAUUUGGAGAAGGUUGUAAAGGAAAAGGAAGAUGUUGCUACCAGUGCUGUGGCUAAAGCGAAAGAAGCUGAGGAUGAGGUGGUUCGUUUAAGAGAUCAAAUCCGUUUGUUGCAAGCUGAAGUUAUGGAGCACGACGUGGCCAAAGGUCGGCUUACUUCCCGUGUGCAUGAGCUAGAGGAGGCUGGGAUGGAGAUGUUCUCUUAUGAUUUUGAUCGUGCUGUGAGUCAGAUUGCCCUGUUAGCUCCUAAUUUUGAUUGUGAUAAGCUCGAUAUUACAAAGAUAGUUGUAGGUGGAAAGUUAGUUGUGGAUGGUACUGUGGAGGAGCACGAUGAGAAUGCUCCUUCUUAGUUUGUUUGUAUUUGUGGCUUUUGUUUUGACUGUCUGAGCUCUAGACUGUUAGUUUUUUGAACUUUGUAUGGUAUUUGGCCGACGUUAGGCCGGUUUGACUAUUAGGUGGUGGUAUUUGGCCGAUGUUUCAGGCCAGUUUGAUAAUAUAAUAUAUUUAUAUUAA